UAAAUAAAGCUCUCUGUCUCUCUAUCUAUCUUUUAUCUUCCACGAUUUGCUUUCUCCGGCGGAAGAAAUCGAAAUCGAAUCUUCUUCUUUAUAAGUGUGUGUAGGCCUGAUUUGAAGCAGAGGAGAGAGUGUUGUUGUUAGUAUUAGUAUUAGUAGUGAGUUAAAUCGGAAACUGAGAGAAUGGUGGGAUGACGGCGGAGUGGAGAUGGCGAGGGGAGGAGGAGAAUGGAUCGCCACCGGAGGAGGAGGAGGAGGAGGAGCUGGAGUUCUCUCUUUCAAAAGAAUCACUCUACUCGUUUGCUUUUUCAACAUUCUCAUCGCUCUCUUUGUUCUUCGCUUUCUCUAUUCUUCUUCUCUCCACAUCUAUUCCAACAACGAUUACGUUGUUAAGUACACAGCAGAUGAGAUUAGGAAAAUGGAGGAAUCUAUUCGGAUUCGAAGAUCAAAAGAACCUACCGAGCUUGUUCAAUUGGUGAAGAAGCUGAAACAUGAGGUCGCCGUUGCACAAUCAAAUACUGAACUGUCUCCUAAUGUUAAACACAAACUAGUUGAUGAGAUCCUGCAGCGUUUGAAAAGCUUAGAGGAGAAGUCGAAUGUUACUCAACUCAGAGAAACUGUAGAAUUGUGGCGCAGUGAGAAGCUGAAGGAAGUUAAAGAGAUGAUUCAAGAACAAAAUGGGGUAAACUCCACCCUCAUAUUGGAGGAAGCAGGGAUGCUUGUAAGAGCUUUGGAGAUGGAGUGGGAUGUGCUGUCUGAAGAGAUCGGUUUCUGGUUACCUGCUGAGGUUACCAAUGAAGAACACGAUGAUAAACCUGAAGGAGAGGAAGAGCCUGAGGAGAUAUUAGCAGGCAGACCAGUGCCAGCUGUAUGCAAUGCAGAGCUUCACACAGAUUAUGGUGGUGCUGCAGUGAGAUGGGGACUUACACAUCAUAAAGAGAGUGCAGCUCAUUGUUGCCAGGCUUGCUUAGACCAGGCAAGGCGUGCAAAACCUGGAGAAACGAGAUGCAACAUUUGGGUUUAUUGCCCAUCUGAGUUUGGUUGCUUCUCUCCAGAUAUUUAUGAGCAUAAGCAUCAGGAAUGUUGGCUUAAAUACGCAGAGAAGCCAAAACAGAAUUUUAAAGACAGAUAUUCGGAGACAUACAGAAACAACCACCCAAAAGCGCCUUCUAUAGUUCCAUGGGUUUCAGGUGUUGUAACGGCUGCUUGAGCAAAACCCAUGUGGACAGAUUGAUGGGACAAAUAGGAGUUAGUUUUUGUUUUUUCUCAGUUGUGUAACCAUUUUGAGAGUCUUGGAACUUGGAGUAACGUACCAAAGGUGCUAACAUCUUUGGCCAUAUGUAUACGUACGAGAAUAUAAUGUUUUGUUGUUUUUGUUGAUCGUGUUUAAAACACUUGUGGCUUACCAGAAAAAAACACAUGGUCCAAGUUGAUAUGGUUUGAGAAAUCAUGUUUUUUGUG